AUGAAUUCACUUGAUAAAUCACCAUUGUUCAAGUUUAUCAUCAUUGGAGAUGCAGGAGUUGGCAAGUCGUGCUUAUUGAUGAGAUACAUGAAGGAUGAUUUUACGACAGAGUACAAUGUGACCAUUGGAGUAGAAUUCUUAUCUAAAAUUGUUAAAGUUGACCAAAAUACGUAAGUGAAACUGUAAAUCUGGGACACUGCUGGUCAAGAAUCGUUUAGGUCUGUUGUCAGAUCCUUUUAUAGAAAAGUUGCCGCAGUUUUCCUAGUUUACAGCAUUGCGAAUAAACAAUCUCUCGAAAGACUCGACUCAUGGUUAAAAGAGGCUAAGGAUCACUCGUCCCCAUCUAUCAUCACAGUUUUAGUGGGUGCCCAGAAUGAUAGAGAAUCAGAACGAGAAGUAUCCUAUGAGGAAGGCAAAUAUUGGAUGGAAACAAAUGGACUUAAUCUCUUCUUUGAAACAUCUUCAAAAACAAGAGAAAAUGUAGAAGAGGCAUUCACCGAAACAGCAAAAUUAGUAUUCUUGAACCAUAUUAAUGGAGGUGCCGAUAAUGAAGCCAAGUUGCCUGCUCUGAAUUAAACCGAUUUAACUGUCAAGAAGCUUCAUCAACCCUUAGAAAAACCUGAUAAAAAAAAUGAUGAAAACAAAAGUUGCUGUUGAUAUAUAUAAUAAUGUUAAUCUAUAUUCAUGGUUAUUUAAUAUGUUGAUCUA